AUGCUUCCAAAGCUAUUCUUCAUCAUUUCUACACUAAUUUCCUCCUUCAUUUUCACUACUCAUUCUUAUAAUACCCAGUGCCUUCACCAUCAAAAAACCUUGUUGCUUCAGCUCAGGAAUGAGUUGAACUUCGAUUCUUCUGCUUCAACAAAACUUGUGCAAUGGAAUCAAAGUGAUGAGUGCUGCAAGUGGCACGGUGUGGAAUGUGAUCCUUCUGGCUACGUCGUUGGUUUGCAGCUCGAUAAUGAGUACAUUUCUGGUGGAAUCGAGGAUUCAUCGAGUCUGUUCAAACUUGUGCACUUGCAGAAGCUAAAUCUAGCCCACAAUUAUUUCUACACUCCCAUUCCAAGAGGUAUUCACAAUCUGACUUAUUUGACACACUUGAAUUUGUCAAAUGCUGAAUUUCGUGGGCAGGUUCCACUCCAACUCUCCUCCUUGAGGAGGUUGGUUUGUCUCGAUAUCUCAACCGAGUAUCCGACAGCUCUCGGUCUUGAGCUCCCAAAUUUGGAGAUGCUUGUCCAAAGUCUAACACGGCUCUCAGAGCUCUAUCUUGGUCGUGUUAAUGUUACUUCCUCUCAUGAGAGGAGAAAAUGGAGCCACAUUAUAUCAUCAUAUUUACCCAACCUCACCGCGUUGAGCUUGGCUGAUUGUGGUUUAUCUGGCCCUUUAGCUAAGCCCUUUUGGCAACUCCAUUCCCUUUCCAUCCUUCGACUAGAUUUGAACGAUCUUUCAACAGAAGUUCUGGACUCGUUCGCCAAUUUUCCAAGUUUAACUACCUUGAGUCUUCAUGUCUGCCGUUUGAAGGGUUCGAUUCCACCCACCUUUGCUAACCUAACCAACCUGAUUCGUCUCGAUUUGUCAGGUAAUUCAUUAUCUGGCAACAUUCCCCACUCUCUCUUUGCUCUUCCUUCAUUGUUGGGGCUUGAUCUUAGCAACAAUCAGUUUAAUGGAACUUUGCAACUAGACAAAUGUCAAAACCUUGCCAAUCUAACCCGACUUGAUCUAUCUCACAAUAGAUUGUCAGUAGAUGUUGGCAACCUCAGUUCAACUUCAUAUGGAAGUCUCCAACUAAAAGUGUUAAGACUAACUUCUUGCAACUUGUCCCAUUUUCCUAAUUUCAUCAAACAUUUGGAUAUGGAAGAAGUGGAUCUCUCAGACAAUCGGAUUGGUGGGGAGAUACCUAGUUGGAUUUGGGGAACACAGCUUCAGUAUUUGAACCUCUCUUUCAAUCUUCUAACACAUCUGCAAAAGCCUUACCAUAUCCCUGCUUCUCUUGUAUACCUAUACUUGCAGUCUAACCAGCUCAAGGGUGAGUUGUACCUGCCCAUUCCACCUGCAUCUCAACUCUUUUCCUUGUCUCUUGCUAAUAACAGUUUAAGUGGAUCAAUUCCAACCUCCCUUUGCAGUGCCACAACUAUCUCUGUUCUUGACUUUUCUCGCAAUAAAUUAAGUGGCGGCAUACCCCCUUGCCUACUGCUACUUGAAAACAUUUCAGAGUUAGAUCUAAGCCAAAACAACAUCAGCGGUAGCAUUCCAGAUAAUUUUCCCAUGGUUUAUUGUAACCUAGAAUAUUUGGAUCUUAACAAUAAUAGUUUACAAGGUAAAAUCCCAAAGUCCCUUGAAAGAUGCGAGUGGUUGGAGUUCAUGAACGUUGGGAACAACAACAUCAACGACACUUUCCCGUGCAAGCUAUCAUCCAAGUUGCGCUUUCUUGUUUUGCGCUCCAACAAAUUCCAUGGAGAGGUGAGAUGUCAUGACAUGAGCUGGCCAAAGCUUCAAAUUCUAGAUAUAUCUUCCAAUCAUUUCAGUGGAAAUCUGGAAUCAAUUAACUUUUCUACUUGGAAGACAAUGAUGCUACAGAGUGGUGAACAGUUGAGGCAGGACAGUUCAGUGUAUUACUCACUAUUGUGGAGUUCACCAAGCGUCGCAUUAAUCAUGAAGGGGAUAAAUUUAGAGUUUCAGAGGCCAGAGUUUUGUAACAUUGAUUUCUCUUGCAAUAAUUUCGGAGGAGAGAUACCAACUGCCAUCGGUAAUCUUACCUUACUUCAUCAGCUCAACUUCUCCCACAAUGCCCUCAAUGGAAGCAUCCCAAACUCAUUUGGUGAAUUGAGGAACCUCGAAUCUCUCGAUCUCUCUGGAAACCGACUGACGGGGUUGAUCCCCGUGGAGCUUGCAGGCCUCACAUUCCUUUCAUUUUUGAAUCUGUCCUACAAUAAGCUGGUUGGAGAGAUCCCAAAUGGGCGUCAGUUACAAACAUUUUCAGCUGAUUCCUUCAAAGGGAAUGCGGGGUUGUGUGGUUUCAAUCUCAACAUAAGCUGCAGUGAUAGUGAUGGCAAUGAUCAUUUGUCGCCACAAGGAGAUGAAAAUGAGGAAGAGAAGAGCGAGAUCGAGUGGGAGUAUGUAUCUUCUGCGCUUGGUUAUGUUGUGGGAUUGGGAAGCAUUGCGUGGACACUUUUAUGCCAAAGAAGCUUCAGAGAAAGAUAUUUUGAGAAAAUAGAAGAGAUUGUUGACAAGAUAUUUUACGAGAGAGCGAGGAGAAGAAGACAUGAAAGAAGAAGAAGAAGAAGAGUAGAGAUGAGGAAUGAGGUUAGGAGACAGCAGAGAAGUUGGUGA